UUUAACAAUCACGUGAUUCUCGUGGCACUUUCAUUUGUAUACAAUACAGUCAGUUUAAAGUAUAUCUGUCAUUUGGAUUUAACACAAUGUCAUGAAUUUAUAAAAAUGCAUUCGUCUUUGAUUUUGAUCUCUUUUACAACGUUAUGGACAUUAACAUAUGCAACGGUUCCAAUGAUUAAGGCGCAAACUUGGACAAAAGAUGAUUUGACGAGACAACAUGCACACUGCACAUUUAAUUUAACAGAAAAGAUGACAAAAGGUGCUUGGAAAAUGUCUAUAAAUACAAAUAUUCCAACGGAAAAAAUUAAGUUAUGGGUAAUGAAAGUCGUGGAACACUCAGCAGACGGUAAAACUUAUCAACUGAAAAGCAAAUACGAGUACUGGCCACAAACGAUUGAUGUUCAGUUCAGAUUAACAUAUAAAAAAGGUGACAUUCCUUUGGACGGAUCUUGUUCAAGUAAUGUCGAACCAAUAGAAGAACCGGAAACGGCAGCAGCCCCUGCCACAAUUAUUGAAUCGACAAACAUAAUAGAGAGACACGAAUGGAAAAAAGAUGGAAAAAUGUAUAUGAAUGGGAAAUGUGUUUUACCCAUAGCUGAAACUUUGAACGAUUUUUACAUUGCCAUUACCUUAGACCAAGAUACAUCUGGAAUUAAAAAUUGGAUUGGAAAUACAUUUUCUGAGGAUUCCAAUGGACGAUGGUAUAUAUUGAAAAAUAAGUGGACUACGCAUCCACCUGAAUUGCAAUUUACUUUUAAAAUUACUUUUGAUUCCGACACAAUGCCAAAUGGAAACUGCGCAAUUUUAACUGGAGGCAAUCCAGAACCUCCAUCUACACAAAGUCCAACACCUGCCCCUACAAUACCGUCAGAAGAAACGACAACAGCGAACAUGGUUAUAGUUAACAGUUACCAAGACAACAACAAAAUGAAGAUGCAAGCGACAUGUGACUUACCAAUUGAUACGCCUCUCGAAAGUUUUUACAUACUGUUGUUUUUUACAGAGGACACGUCUGAUUUAGAGAUAUGGAUUGGACAUGAAGAACAAGCAGACCCCGAUGGUCGGUGGUAUUUAGUGAAAAACAACCAUAACGCCAAUCUACCUUCAAUUAGUUUUCCGUUUCACGUUCGUUACUCUAGUUCACAGGAGCCUUCCGGGAUUUGCAAACUUUAUAACGGAGAUUUGGAGCCAAUCACAUUAAAACCAACCACACCAACAACUUCAACUGAGCAACCAACUACCACAACUUUGCCGAUUACAACUACUCAACAACGAUCUUCACCGAUUACAAUUACUACUAGGCCACCAACAAGACUGACUUCAACUACACAAUCUCCGACGACAAUUACUACUAGGCCACCAACUUCACCAACUACAACUACUCAACAGCAAACUACUCAACAAAGGUCUACUACAACGACAUCACCAUCAACAACAACAACAACAACACCAGAGGCAACCACGACAAAACAGUCAGUUGCGACUAAAUAUGACUAUCGAAAAGUUUUAGAAUUAUCCAUUUUAUUCUACGAGGCUCAAAGAUCAGGUAAACUUCCGUCUAAUAACAGAAUCCCGUUCAGAGGUGACUCAGCACUUGGUGAUAAAGGACUCUCAGGCGAAGAUUUAACCGGUGGCUGGUAUGACGCUGGUGAUGGUGUAAAAUUCAAUUUACCAAUGGCCAGCGCGACUACCGUUUUGUCCUGGGGACUGAGUCAGUGGCAAGAUGCCUAUAAAGCAGCUGGACAACUUGAACUGAUGUACGAUUCAAUAAAAUGGCCAUUGGAUUACUUAGAAAAAUGUUGGACAGAAAGCAAGAAUCUGUAUUAUUGUCAGGUGGCAGACGGCAAUAAAGACCAUGCAUUUUGGGGACGACCUGAAGAUAUGACGUAUACCAGAGACGCAUUUGCUGUAUCAACCGGCAAACCUGGCAGUGAUGUUGCCGGUGAAACUGUGUCAGCAUUUGCAUCUGCAUCGAUUGCAUUUGCAACAAAAGAUCCCGCUUAUUCAGCUAAAUUGUUGUCAAAGGCCAGAACGUUGUAUACAUUUGCGAAAACAUACAGAGGCAAAUACAGUGAUUCUGUACCAGAAGCAAAUCCGUUUUAUACAUCGUAUAGUGGAUAUGAGGACGAACUUUGUCUCUCAGCGGCAAUGUUAUACAAAGCAACGAAAGAACAAAAGUAUCUGAAUGACGCUGAAGGAUUUGCAACCACAAACGCAGGAUGGGCAUUUUCUUGGGACGAAAAAAUUGUUGCUUGUCAGUUGCUACUUUUCAAAGAAACUGGUGACCAGAAGUACAAGACUCCUGUCGUUAAUUUCAUUAAGGAUUUUAUGAGUGGAAGUGUUAAACAUACCAACUGUGGUUUAGCAUUCAGACUGAAAUGGGGAUCAAAUAGAUAUGCUGCAAAUGCUGCAUUUAUUGCUUUAAUGGCGGCUGAUACACCAGGAUUUUCCAAAGCCGAAGAAUAUAAAACAUGGGCCAUGUCACAGAUACAUUAUAUGCUCGGCGAUAACAAUUACAAAAUGAGUUACCAGAUUGGGUAUGGUAAUAAUUAUCCAAGGAAGCCACAUCACCGUGCCAGUUCAUGUCCUGAUAUGCCAGAACCUUGCAAUAAUGCACAACAGUAUUCACCAUCUGACAAUCCACAAAUUCUUUAUGGUGCCCUAGUUGGUGGACCUGAUGAAAAUGACUUUUAUGAAGACAAUCGUAACGAUUACAUCAAAAACGAGGUGGCAGUUGACUACAACGCUGGGUUUCAGUCUGCCGCCGCAGGUCUACUUCAUUUUGCCAUUGAAGAAACUCUGCCUCAAGCACCACCAUCAAAAUGUUAAUGACUUCCGAGAGGAAGCGAAAGCUACAAGUUUUUAAUGACUUCCAAGGGAACUAUUAACUAGUAUCUAGUUAUGGAAAUUGUUUUUAAUGACUACCAAGGAAACUAUUAACUAGUAUCAAGUUAUGGAAAUAAUAAAUAUUCUAAUAUAG